GACUGCGACGUUUUCAUACAAAAUUGUUUACAUGAAAUCAGAGAAGUAAUAGAAAUGAAAAGAUAAUAUUAAAUCAAAUAAUAUGGAGUUUAUAGAAUUAAUUUUAAUAAAUAAAUUAGACGGAGUCGUUCUCAAACACCCUCACCAUGACACCAUAGAUGGUACAGUGUGUAUUACUGGUCAUCAUCUUAUUUUGAGCUGUAGAAAAGAAGGCGUCCGGGAACUAUGGUUACUGCACAAAAACAUAGACAGCAUAGAGAAGAAGGAGAACAAAGGCAGAGGUAUAGUACAGGGUGGUUCAUUGUUCCUCAAAUGUAAAGACCUGAGAAUAAUCCAGUUGGAUAUAAGUGGAACAACAGAGCUGCACCUUGUCGCUCAAACACUAGAGAACUUGUCUAAUAUACAAGACCCCAGUCACUUCUAUCCAUUCUUCUAUAGACACAUGCACCCUAUUAUGGAAAACGGGCAUACAUUGUACAGUAUAGAGGGUGAGUUUACAAAAGUAUUAGCGACAGAGGAGUGGCGGAUAUCAAGAGUGAACCAGCACUACACAGUGUGUCCUGGUUAUUCCAAGGCUGUUGUUGUUCCUAAGAGCAUAGAUGAUGAGACCUUAGCCAUGGCAGCUUCUUUCCGGCAAGGUGGCAGAUUUCCAGUGCUAUCUUAUAGACAUAACAAUGGUGCAGUUUUAAUACGAGCCGGACAACCGCUGUAUGGUCUGAUGCACCGCCGCUGCCGACCAGACGAGGCCAUACUCAACUCUAUAGUCAGCCCGGGCAUGAAGGGUAUCAUCUACGACCUUAGGAGUUCAAAUUCUAUAUCACAGCAGUUGAACAAGGGUGGCGGUACAGAGACCGCGUCAAACUAUUCACAGUGGAAGAUCUUCAACAGGUCAAUGGAUGAAGUUGACAACCAGCAGCAACUUCUGGAGAGCUUCUCUAAACUGAUAGAAGCAUGCAUGUCGGAGGACAUAUCCAGCGACAAGUGGGUGUCCCGGCUGGAGUCGUGCGGCUGGGCGGAGUCGGUGCGGAACUCGCUGCACACCGCCUGCAUCAUCGCGCAGCAUAUACACCAUAAGGCUGAACCUGUGCUCGUGCACGGCACGCGGGGCGAAGACGCUACUCUCUUAGUCUGUUCUCUAGUACAGAUUAUAUUGAACCCGGACUGCAGGACGAUACGUGGUCUCCAAGCGCUGAUAGAACGUGAAUGGCUGCUAGCGGGCCACCCGUUCGGUACGCGGUUACGUGCGGGCGCGUACGGUUCCGCCCCCCGCGCCGCGCCCACUUUCCCGCUGUUCCUGGACUGCGUGCGACAGUUCCUCGAGCAGUUCCCCUGCAGCUUCGAGUACAGACAGUCCUUCCUGGUGAUACUGUUCGAGCACGCGUAUGCUAGUCAAUUCGGUACAUUCCUCUGCGACAGCGAACAAGAGCGCACCUCUAGGGGCGUGUACACGCAGACGACGAGCCUGUGGUCGUGGGUGAACGCGCCCGACGAGCUCGCCAACCACAUCAACCCGCUGUAUGACCCCACGCCAAACGUCAUAUGGCCGUCAGUCGCCCCCAUGAGCUAUGUUAUAUGGGAAGAGCUAUACCUCCGAUGGCUGGUCAAGCAGAAUACAGAAGAGCGCGAGGAGCAAUACCGAACUAUCCGCACGCGCGAGCAGCAGCUACGUGCGCAGGCGCAGCAGCUGCGGCGAGAGCUGCUAGACGUCGCGCAGCAGUACUACGCACCCUAGCGCCUCUAGCAGAGUAAAAAUUCGCUUUUGCACAGAAAAACUGUAUACUAUAGUGCGACAAGGC